CUCAGCCGCCUCUCCCUUUCCGGGGCUUUCCUCGUAUAUGAAUCUGGCCGGCUUUUCCUUUUUCUCGGGUAUGUGCACCAUGACAGCCGACUCCCUCCACUCGCCCAGCCAGGGGGCUAGCCCGGGUUCCCCCAACUUGCACAGAGGCUCCCCGUCGAGCUGCAAAGUGGAGCCGCUGUUGAUCAAAUCGGAGCCCAGAGGAAGCCCGGCGGAGAGAGCAGGGGAGCAGUCUUCCGAGGACCCGUUGCCUUGCUCGGGCGCAGGUGGAGGAGGAGCCGGUGGAGGCGGCGGGGGCCGUCGGAGGAAGCGGCCGGUGCAGCGCGGCAAGCCGCCGUAUUCUUACAUCGCACUGAUCGCCAUGGCCAUCGCCAACGCGCCCGAGCGAAGACUCACGCUGGGCGGUAUCUACAAGUUCAUCACGGAGCGUUUCCCCUUCUAUCGGGAGAACCCCAAGAAGUGGCAGAACUCCAUCCGCCACAAUCUGACGCUCAACGACUGCUUCGUCAAGAUCCCUCGCGAGCCGGGCCACCCGGGCAAAGGCAACUACUGGACCCUGGACCCCGCCGCCGAGGACAUGUUCGACAACGGCAGCUUCCUGCGCCGCAGAAAGCGCUUCAAGCGCACCGACCUCACCACCUAUCCAGGCUACGUGCACAGCGCCAGCGCCUUCACGCCCAAUCCGGGCCCCGUUGCCCGGCCGGGCCCUUGCAACGGCUCCGGAGGCGCAGGCUACCCGGGCAGCAGCGGCCCGAUCUACUCGCCGGGCGGCUCCUAUAGCGCGCAACUGCCUGGCCUUCCCCAGUACCCGGGGGCGCCCGCUGCCCUGCCGCCGCGGAUGUUCAGUAUCGACAGCCUCAUUAGCUCCCAGCAGCAGCAGCAAGUGGCCGCUCUGCAGGCCUCCCCGGUGGGACCAGAGCUGGGGCAUCAUCCCAUGGGCCUGAAUGGGGCUGGCGACCUGGGCAGCUGCCCUGUGGGCAACCCGGAGGCUUGUUUCCAGAGCCAGCCAGUCAGCCCCGGCUUGCUGGGCCGGCAGCCCCCAGCCUUGGCCUACCCGUACUCGGCUUCCCCACCAGGCCACCUAGCGGUGCCGCAAGGCGCCUACUCCCCUCCUAACGCGCAACUCUACGCCGCCCCCAACAGGCUGACUCUGCAGCCCGGCCGCCCGGCCUCUUCCUGCGCUGACCACGCGGAGCAACUCUUAGGCCUUGCAGCCUCCCAGCUCAACGGUCUUGGGCAGUUUGGAGCCGCCACCAAUAACUCUUACAUGAGGCAGCCCAACUUCCCUUCAGGCCUGGAGAGAUACUUGUGAAAUGGGUUUGGAAGCCUGCCUUGGUGGUGGCGCAACUGGAACCCAGGCCAAGUGUGCGACACACACAUCUCUCUUGGAACAUAUUUUUUAGCAUAGAGUCAGGUGGGAGGGGAAGCCCCUGCCUAGUACUUGAACGGUGCUCUUUUGACAAUA